GUUCUGUUCAAUUUGUUCAUACUCAUUUAAUUGCAAUUUACAAGGAUAUUUAUUGCAUAAUGCUAAUAUAUAACAGCAAAUUACAUGACCAAUAACUUGACCAUACUCCCAAAAAACAAACAAAUAUGGCUCAGGAACUUGGUCAUCAACUAUCUUAUGCCCUCCUCUUCCUCUUCUUUUUCCUUCUUGUGUCCACUGGUAUGCAUCAUCAAUAUAUUCCUACUUUCCUCAUUGAUUCUUCCGAAUGCAACUGUUAAUGAUUCCUCUUAUGAGAUGCUUAUGGUGGAAGGAAACGUUUGCGAGAGGCAAAGCAAAACAUGGACAGGGUUUUGUGGAAACUCUGGACACUGUAACAGCCAGUGCAGGAUCUGGGAGGGUGCACAACAUGGAGCUUGUCACGCCCAAUUUCCAGGAUUUGCUUGCUUCUGUUACUUCACAUGUUGAUCAAGAAUCAACUACUAAAGUGACAUCCUCGGCUUUAAGUUUCAUAUAUCAAGCACUUUAUAUAGUUAUAUCAUGUAGAAGAAAACUACUGGUACCACAAUACCACUGCGUGCCUAGUGUCCACUAUAAGUCAUCCAUGACACUUACAAGUUGCAACUAUCCUCUAUGUUACUGUUGCUUUGAUGUCUACUAACAAAAAGAUUAUACUAUAUUACUACUACUGUCACUGCUGUUUUAUUCUUCCCUGCUAUUGCCCAUUUCACUCCUUUUA